GAUUUAAACCAUAGACUGUAUGAUUUAAACAGAACCAGUCCAUCCCACAGGCUAUGGUCAAGCCCAGACUUUUUAAUAAUCAGUCCAUGGAUAUACCCAACCUGCAUUAUUUAGGAUUUAUGUGACUGUCAGGAUUAAUUUAAAACAUCAUGGCAGAAGACUCGGCUGUUAAAGUAUGUGUUAGAGUCCGUCCACUUAUUGAGAGGGAGGAGAAUGCAGCUUCUGAAAACGCACAGCAACCACAACUUUUUUGGAGAGCUGACAAUAAUUCAGUUCAUCAGAUCAAUGAAGGGGCUUCAGUUAAAAGUUUCAGUUUUGACCAUGUUUUUACUGCUCAUGAAACAACAGAUACACUUUACCAGACAAUUGCAAAACCUCUGGUGGUAUCUACUGUUCAAGGAUACAAUGGGACAAUAUUCGCAUAUGGGCAAACUUCAUCUGGAAAGACCUUUACCAUGAUGGGAUGUGAUAAAACUCCUGGAGUCAUCCCUUUGGCUGUUGAGGAUGUCUUUCAGACUAUUCAAAAUUGUCCGAAAAAAGAAUUUCUUCUCCGUGUGUCCUACAUGGAAAUCUACAACGAGACUGUGAGUGAUUUGCUGGUUGAUAGCUGGAAGAGGAAGCCCCUGGAGGUCAGAGAGACUCUUAAUAAAAACAUAUAUGUGGCUGACCUUACAGAGGAACUUGUAACUAGUCCUGCCCAAGCUUUGCACUGGAUAAGACUUGGAGAAAAAAAUCGCCAUUAUGGGAAGACCAAAAUGAACCAGCGCAGUAGUCGUUCACACACUAUUUUCCGAAUGAUUUUGGAAAGCCGAGAGAGAAGUGACAGUGAAAAUGCAGAUGGUGCUAUUAUUGUGUCUCAUUUGAAUUUAGUUGACUUGGCAGGUUCUGAGAGAGCAAGUCAAACUGGAGCUGAAGGUGCCCGCUUCAAAGAAGGUUGCAAUAUCAACCGAAGUCUUUUCACCCUCGGUCAAGUCAUCAAGAAGCUAACGGAUGAAAGUCAAAGUGGAUUUACAAACUACAGAGACAGUAAGCUGACACGUAUCCUACAGAACUCUUUGGGCGGAAAUGCCAAAACUGUCAUCAUUUGUACAAUCACACCUGUUGCUUUUGAUGAGACCCUCAGCACUUUGCAGUUUGCCAGCACUGCAAAGAAGAUGAAGAAUGACCCGCAUGUUACUGAAGUAUCAGAUGAUGGAGCGCUGCUCAAAAGAUACCGCAACGAAAUUGUGGACCUCAAGCGUCGUCUUCUUGAGGUGUCAUCUGUAACACAGACCACAGCCACAGAGAAAGAACUACUUUCUCAACUUCUACAAGAAAAGGACCAACUACAACGAGAGCAGGAGGACAGGAUCAGAAAUCUUACGAAUUUGUUGGUUAGCUACAACCCCAACCAAGUGACUGGUCGACGGGCACCCAAACGCAGGGUUACCUGGUCAGGUAAAAUGAUCAAACAGACAGCCUGCCCUAGUGCCGAAUCUUCAAUCAAAAAAAGGAAAGCAAACUACUCCUGUAUUGAGCCAGAUGAAGCUUUUUAUCCUCAUUGGGAGAUUCUUGAUGAGGCUCCAGAAGACCUGGAUAUCAGUCAAGCAUCUAUAACAAUUCGCAGCCUUGGAGACAGUCCACAAGACUUUGGGCCACCAGAACAUCUGCGAGAGUUGUCCCAGAAAAUAGCCUCUCUUGAGCAACAACUGCAAAUGGAGAGCAGCCAGAAAAGUGAGGCUCAGUCAAAAUUGAAGGCACUGGACGACAGAGUGGCUGAGCUUGAACUUCAGCUACAGAGGGAGUUACAGCUCAAACAAGAUGCCUCACAAAUGCUAACUGUGGCACAACAACGAGAGGCAGAGCUGGAUGUAGAACUAAGGGCACAGACUGAAGAGCAGAUGCAGCUGGAGGAAAAGAUGACCAUUUUGCAAUUGAGAAUAGCUGACCUGGAGAAAGGACUUCAGGAACCUACAGACACUGAAGAUAUUGAUCAGGUAAAGAGACAAUUUUCAGAAGCCAUCCAACUGUGUGAAACUCUUGCAUCAGAGAAGGAUGUAUUGCUUACUGAACGCAAUUACCUAAAAGAAGAACUAGGACUGUCACUGGAGCAAAUUAAAACUCUUGAAAAAGAGAAUGCUAAUCUUUCACAAGAGCUUGAAGAGAAGCGAGAGACUGACGAAUUUGAAAAUCUAGAAGAGCAAAUCAGGAAAGAUAAUGAGGAUAAACUACAGGAGGAAAUAUCAAAACUGAAGACAAUUAUUGAAUCCUCAGAACAGAAACAAAAGGAUUUACAGAAUGAACUGGAAGCCUUGUCAGUUGAGCUAAAAAAGAAAUGCGACUUUAUCGAGGAACUUAAAAUAAUGAAAGGAAAAGAUUUGGUUCAAGAGGUUACAAUGCUUCAGCGCUCUCUAGAUGAUGCGGAAAAGAUCAGCAUGGACACGAAGAAGGAAUGGGCUUGCCUGCGUUCUCAAAAUAUUGCUCUGGAAGAGAAAAAUGUAACGCUUGCUCUCAAUAAUGAAAAGAAUGAAAAUGAGGUGACCAGGCUGCAUUCCCUGCUUGAGAUGGAGAAAUCCAAAUUUAAGAAAAUGCAAUUUGAUCUUCAGAAAGAGUUAAAUAUUGCAUUUGAGGAGAAUAUUAAACUGUCCACUCUUCUAGAUGGCAAAAUACCUAAAAAUAUGAUUGACAAUGUUGACCUUGAGAGGACUGUGACAAAGCUAAGGAAAGAACUGACUACUUGUCAGGAGGCCAGUGCAGACCUUCAGGUCAAGCUAGGAGAGCUACAGGAGCUUCCUGUCAAAGUGGCUGAACUGAUGAAGCAGCUUGAAGAAAGUCAAUGUGUGCAGGUGUCCCUGACACAGGAGUUGCGUGAGAUCCAUAAGCUAAAGAGCGACUUGGAGGAGAAGCUUGCUGAUAGUGAAGAAGCUAGAAGAACUGAUGAAGACAUUCAGAAAGAACUUGAAGAACAACUGGACAAACUGGCUGCAGAGCUGCAGAGUGUGCAGGCCCAGAAGGAGACCGCCAUGUCUGAAUGGGAAUACAGGCUUCAAUCAGUCUCUAAUGAAAGAGACCUCCUGCAGCAGCGCAUUGAUGAGGUAUCAGAGGCCCAAGGUCUUGUGCAGUCUCUUCAAGAUGAGAUCCAUGAAGAGAAGCAAAAGUUGUGUCAAGAGGAGGCACUUCAUCAGCAAAGAUUGGAGGAGUUAGAGCAGAAAAUGAGUGUUGUGUCCCAAGAGGCAGUCAGGCUACAGCUGGAGAAGGAGGAGCACCUGUCAUCUUUUGCCCUUCUGAAGGAGGAGAGAGACCAACUCAAGGCAGAUCUGAAAGAGAACAUUGAAAUGAUGGUUGAGGUCCAGGAUGAACUUAGGGUAAUUCAGGAGAAGAACAAAAAACAAAAGGAGUAUAUUCAGAAGCUGGAGGCAGCACAGACCGCCCAAAUGUGUACUCCUGCUCAGCCAGAGGAACUCGAAGCACAAAUGAAGACAUUUAAAGACGAACUUGAGCUUGUACAAGCAGACAAUGAGAGGUCUAAAGAGGAGAGGGACGAGCUUGUGUCCAGACUGAGUUCUCUCACUGAGGACCGAGAUCGGCUGCAGGAGGCUCUGGACACACUUACACAGGAGAAGGAGCAGCUCCAGCAACUCCUGGACAACAGGCCAAACAUGGUUUCUUUGCAGAGUGAGCUCAAUCAAGCAGAGACUCAAGAGGACAUGGCUAUACUUCAGCGAGAGAAAGAACAGCUUCAGGCUUCUCUGCAGACUGUCACUACAGAGAAGAGCCAACUGGAAUACGACCUGCAACAGAAAAUGCUGAAGAUGAAUGUUCUUGAAGAGGAACUUGAGCGUGUACAAGCAGACAAUGAGAGGUCUAAAGAGGAGGGGGACGAACUUGUGUCCAGACUGACUUCUCUCUCUGAGGACCGAGAUCAGCUGCAGGAGGCUCUGGACACACUUACACAGGAGAAGCAGCAGUUCCUGGACAACAGGACAAAUAUGGUUUCACUUCAAAAUGAACUCAGUGAGGCAGAGACACAUGAGGACAUGACCAAACUUCAGCAAAAGAUAGAACAACAUCAGGCUUCUCUGCAAACUGUCAGGGCAGAGAAGAGCCAACUGGAGAGUGACAUGCAGCAGAACACACAGAAGCUUGAGGAGACGCAGAGAAUUGUACAGUCUUUGGAGCAGAUGCUUCAGGAGCAGAAUCAAAAGAACUUGGACUUGGAAAGGCAGAUUCAAGACAGAGCUACUGAGCUGGAAAGACAGACAAUUGAACUUGAGCGUGUACAAGUAGACAGUGAGAAGUCUAAAGAGGAGAGGGACGAGCUGGUGUCCAGACUGAGUUCUUUCAAUGAGGACAGAGAGCAGCUUCAGCAGGCUCUGGACUCACUUACACAAGAGAAGCAGCAGCUACAGCACCUCCUGGACAACAGGACAGACAUGCUGGAACAGCUUCGGGCUUCUCUGCAGACUGUUAGUGCAGACAAGUGCCAACUGGAGCGUGACCUGCAGCAGAACCAGCAGAAGAUAAAGUAUCUUGAAGAGGAACUUGAGCGUGUACAAGCAGACAGUGAGAGGUCUAAAGAGGAGAGGGAUGAGCUUGUGUCCAGACUGAUCUCUCUCACUGAGGACCGAGAGCAGCUACAGCAAACUCUGGACACACUUACACAGGAGAAGCAGCAGUUCCUGGACUGCAGGAUGGACAUGGUUUCUUUGCAGAGUGAGCUCAAUCAGGCAGAGACCCAAAAGGACAUGGCCAAACUUCAACACGAGCUGGAUCAGCUUCGGGCUUCUCUGCAAACUGCCAGUGCAGACAAGAGCCAACUGGAGAAUGACCUGCAACAGAACACGCAGAAGCUUGAUGAGACUCAGAGAACUCUACAGUCUUUGGAGAAGAUGCUUCAGGAGCAGAAUCAGAAGAAUUUGGACUUGGAAAGAUGGAGUCAAAACAGGGACACAGAGCUGGAGAGACAGACCAAGGAACUCGAGCAUGUACAAGCAGACAUUGAGAGGUCUAAAGAGGAGAGGGAUGAGCUUGUGUCCAGACUGAGUUCUCUCACUGAAGACCGAGAGCAGCUGCAGCAGGCUCUGGACUCACUUACACAGGAGAAGCAGCAAUUCCAGCACCUCCUGGACAACAGGACUAACACACUGCAACUUGAGCAGAUUACUCGGCUGAAUGAAUCUCUGCAAUUGGUCAGAGAGCAGAAGAUUCAUUUGGAGGAAGAGUUGCACAGUAACUUAAAGAUGGUUUCUCAGUUAAAUGCUUCUCUCCAUGAUGUCAAAGAGGAAAAGAGUCGUCUGGAAGACAAUUUACACAACAAUUUGGAAUUGACUUCACAAAAGCAGGAGCUCUUGAGAUUAGUUCAGGAGGAGUUGAGUGAACAGAAAAGAAUAAACCAUGAGCUAGCUCAAGAGCACAGCUCAUUAAACCAACAGCUUCAGAGUCUUACAGAGAGACUGCAGAGUGCGGAGGUAGAUGGCUCCACAGAGGACAAGAAGGAACUUGUGUCCAGACUCAGCUCUCUCACUGAGGACAGAGAGCAGCUGCAGCAGGCUCUGGACAACAGUGUUGAAAAGGUGGAACUACUUACAAAGGAGUUGGAGAUGUUAAAGAAGAAAGAGCCUGAAGCACAAGUUUUGCAGUUACUAAGUGAAGCCAACCAGACUAUUUCUAAUCUAAGAGAACAGCUUAGCUCUCCACCUGAGGAGGGCCCACUGUCCCUACUCCUAGAUGACUCAACUCUGCACCUUCAGAAGUCAUUUAAGAAGUUCAAGAGGUUUGCCGAAAUUUGUUCAAACAAUACGUCCUUGAAAGUGAAAUCCAAGGUCUUCCAGACUCCAUCCUGCUUUAGCUCCUUGCCUAAAAGCACCGUUGAUUCUUUUCAUGUGAUCAAUCAUUUGAGUGGGCAAGCUCUUCAAAAUUUGACUAUCAUGUCUGAGAAUCUGCAGAAGUAUGCCCUCAGGUACCAACAGUUAUUUGAAGAGCUGGUAAAGAAGGACCUAAUUGUGUUUGAGGAGAGGCGUUUGCAGGAUGUCCUGCUGUGCAGAGCACAUGCACCAAGCUACUCCAUAAAAGACAUGGACUUUGUGUUGCAGUGGAAAAUGAGGCUGAAGGAGGUCCUCGAAAAGAGGCAGCUGUACCUUGAGAAAAUGGACAGUACUUUCGAUAGAAUUUCAGACUUAUACCGCAGUGAGCUUUCCACUGAGUUCAAAGAAAAGGAAAGGUUUGAGACAAAGCUUCAGCAGAUGUGUCGUGGAGAGCCUAUAGAUGUCUCUGCGCUGGACUCAUUCCUGGGCACUGAGCAACAGCUCCGUACCACUCUGCUUCAGAAAAGGAACAGCCUUUUUAAGGCUGUCACAGAGGAACACAGUGGCCUACUGAAAGAGCUGACUCAGCAGGUGGCUCAGGUACAGACUCUGUUUGAAGAUGAGAAGAGUAAGAGGUAUACUCUGCAACAUGGACUGGAGGGAGCACCUCUCAAAACACAGGCGUCUCUCAUAAAAGACAAUCAGAAACUGCAGGUUCAGCUACACACUGCCCAGGAUCAUAUUCGGAUACUGAGCUUAGAAAAAGAGGAGCUGCAAAAGGCCCAGGUCAAAGCAGAGCAUCAAGUUGCCACUCAUAAAGAAGCCACUCAGCUGCUGCAGACAGAGCUGCAGGACACUUGUGCAAAACUCCAGGAGAGGGAGUGCACCAUUGAAGAGCUCUACACCCGACUACAGCAGGCUGAGGCUGAGAGAAAUUCUUCUGCUGACAUUGUGAAACUGGCAAAACUUAACAAUAAGAUUUCCAAACUGGAAAUGGAGCUCCAGUCAUCAUCAGAAAAUAUUCAGAAGCUGACAUCGCUUUUAGAUGGAAAGGAGACAUCACUCAGGAGGUUGAAGGAAACCCUCCGAUCGCAGCAGCAGAGAGAUGAAUUCUGCCUGGAGGGAGAGGCUCUUCAUGCCCGUCUGGUUCAGCCUAAAGGUGUGGCUCAAACUAGUGUGUUUGUGGAAAAGGGCAGACUCGAGGAGGAGGCGAGACAACUCAAACUGAGAAUCACUGAGCUGGAGAGCCUGGUUACCAGUCUGCAGGCUGAGGUCGGCAAGUGGAAGCACCGUGCCCUCAAGAUGAGGAAUGACGUUGAGACCAAAUCCAAUAGGGAGCUACAUCCAGGAAGCCCUUCAAAACGGCCCCGGUGUGACUCUCCCAGGAAAAAUCUGCGCUCCCCCCGGAAGGCCCUGGACUCUCCGGCUCUGACACUCCUCAACUCCCCCAAAAGCAGGUUCUUUGACGGUGGAAGCAGCUCAGAGUUUCUUGUUAGAAACUGUCCAAAGCAGUUCUUCGAUAACUCUCGCCUUGGGACACCUCCAGUUGCAGAAGGCGCCGCAGACGUAAAACAAGAUUGGCUCCAAUGGCCUAUGUCUCCAAAAGAGGAAGAGAUGUGCAAAAAACAAUAGGACGUUGCUGCUUUUUAUUUAGUAUUGUUUUAUCAUGAAGUAAAAUGUUUAAAGAAAUAAAGAGGUUUUUACCCAGUAAGAAA